CCCCCCUCCUUCGUUCUCUUCCAAGCUCCAACAGCCACAGCGCGAGGACGACUUCACAGCUGGAGCUGAAGGACACCUGUUGCCACGGAAACAUUACCAGCGGGAAAAGAAUACAAAGCAAACAAAAGAAGAAACCCGCUGCCCGGCCAGGUGUUUCCUCCACAACUGUUCGUCCAACAUGUCGUCUACAGCGCUGUUGAAUCUGCUGCGUUGCGGUCGCUCCACCGUCACCAGACAAGCCUUCCUCACCGCGAGAUCCUCACCAGGAACCUCCACGGCUUCAGGCCAGGUGGGCGGGGCUUCGUUAUGGGCGGUGAGCGUGCGGGGCGCCAGCGGCUCGGCUCGUUUCCACAGCGACGUCAGCGUGCGGCCGGUCACCUGGGACUCGUUCGGUAUCUGGGACAACAGGAUAGAAGAGCCGAUACUGCUGCCCUCCAGUGUCAGAUACGGAAAACCCAUUCCACAGGUGAGUCUGUCCCGGGUCGGCAGCGCUUCCGUUUUGGGUCUCAGGAAGCAGAACGAGGACCGUCUCCGCGUCGCCCGUAUCCAUGACAACCUGCUGUACUUCGCCGUGUUCGACGGCCACGGCGGCCCGCACGCCGCCGACUACUGCUACACCUUCAUGGAGAAGUUCAUCAGAGACGCUCUGGAGGAGGACGACGACCUGGAGAACGUUUUAAAGAACGCCUUUUUAGAUGUCGACAAGGCUCUGCACACACAUCUCAGCUACUUCAACAACGCGUCGUUCCUGACAGCCGGCACCACGGCGACGGUGGCUUUGCUCCGUGACGGCGUGGAGCUGGUGGUCGGCAGCGUCGGCGACAGCCGAGCGUUGCUGUGCAGGAAGGGACGAGCCAACAAGCUCACUAAAGAUCACACGCCCGACCGCAAGGACGAGAGACACAGGAUCCAGAUGUUUGGCGGCUUCGUGACGUGGAACAGCGUCGGCGAGGCGCGCGUUAACGGGCGGCUCGCCAUGAGUCGCAGCAUCGGAGACUUCCACCUGAGAAGCAGCGGCGUCAUAGCCGAGCCGGACACGCGGCGAGUCACCGUCCAGCACGCCAGCGACACCUUCCUGGCUCUGACCACCGACGGCAUCAACUUCCUGCUCAGCGACCAGGAGAUCUGCGAUGUCAUCAACCAGUGCCAAGACCCCACCGAGGCUGCCGACGUCAUCGCUCAGCAGCCCUGUAGUUGAGGUAACUCCCUUUGG